AGCGCAUCAACCUUCGUGAUGAAAGAAAGCCACAAUCGCUAGGUGUUCCGAGAAGUGCAUGAAAUUUUGCUGAAGUGAGUGAAAAUUUUGGUGCUGCGUAGCGAAAAGCGCACCACCGCCAAGUAGUGCCACAGGAUUGGAGCCAAAUCAAGUGUAAACAGUGAGCUUUGCUCAAUCCAGAGCGUCGUCGAAUGCGAAUCAGCUAGCUGACGGUUGAUCCAGCAGAGGGCGUUGCGCAGUGUUAACGUCAGUGUGCGUUUUGCCUGGUUUGCUGCCGUCCCAUCGUCGUAGGCCAUGACAAAGUUUGCUGUGAUAAACCAGAGGUCAGAAUAUCUGUUUGGGCUGUUGCAAAUGGCACAGUUUUAGUUGUAAAAAGUGUUUUAUGCGAUAAGUGUUAAGCCGCUACAUUGUCCACCGUCAUCCAUCGCGGAAGCGUUCGUUUUUAUUCCAUUUACCAUGCAAAACAUUUGGUGAAAGUGACUUUUAGGCAGAAGUAUGCAGCUAUGUACAGGUGAAACAAGACGACUAGACAGCUUUGUGCGGGAUUAUUGUUAAAAGUCCCGUGUGUAACCAAACUCCGGAAGAGUGUGUAAUUGUACCGGAACGCGUAGGCUGCAGUCGCACACGCUCUAUCUGCCAUAGAAAAAAUGGCACAAUACUACGAGAUUGUACAGCAGGAUGAAUUAAAAAAUGUUUAUCCACAACUAAACAUUGACAACGGGAUCCAGCUUGUGAUGGGAGAUGAUAUACAGUUCGGAUCGCAGCAAGUUAUUCUUUCUCAGGAGCAAACGAAUGAUAUACAGCUUAUUGGUGGUGUAUACCAAUCGGGACAUCAAAUUCCUCAGCAGCAGCAGCAGCAGCAGCAACAGCAGCAGCAACAACAGCAACAACAGCAACAGCCGCAGCAACAGCAGCUUCAGUUGCAACCUUCGCAACACAUACAAGACCCAAACUAUCUUAGGCAGGUGAACAAUUCUCUGCCAUCCGACACUUCAUAUAUGCAGCAAGGCGUGCAUGCAGCGCAAACACACCUUCAGCAUCAGCAAAUUUACUACACUGACGAAAAUACGGGACAACUCGUGCAGGCUGGAAAUAUUUUACAACCCCAAGAAUCCAUGCAUGAUUCCCAGCAGCAGACGCUUCAUGUAAUGCAGACGGCGACGGAACAGCAGCUACAGCAGCAACAGCAGCAGCAGCAGCAGCAAAUUAUACACCAUCAAUUGACACCGCCACGACCGCAGCUUCAAACGGCUGCUAUCCAGCAAUCGGCCCCAAGUGGCUCGCAUUCGGUUGUGCAGGUGGUGCAGGGGAUACAGCGCCACGGUCAGCACUUGAUUAUUCGCCAAACUGACCAAUCAAAACCACAGGGGAUGCAACAAACGCAGCAGCACAUACUCGCCCAUCACCAACCGACACAGGUGAUACUACAGACCCAAGGAGCGCCUCAACUAGUGCAGCAGCAGGAACAUCAGCAGCAACAGCAACAGCUACAGCAGUCUGACCAACAAAUCCAGUCCAAUACGCAACAGGUUGUAUAUGAGCAGCAUACAAUGCAACAGCAGCAGCAGCAACAACAGCAACAGCAGACUGUUGCGCUGACAAUUAAUCAGACUGGGGGUAACACCGUUCAGCAGCAUCAACAACCCAAGUUAGCGCAAUCGCUAUCACAGAUUCAGCUGCAACACGUUCCUCAGCAGCAGCAGCAACAGCAGCGUGUACAAAUAGCCAAAAACACUAUUACGAUAACCGCUCAGCAACAGCAAGGCUCCACAUUGCAUCUUCAGCAAGCCGGUGCCACAAAUGCACAAUUAUUUCAGGGCGGCGCUCGGCACUGCUUCAUUGUCACAAAAACUCCUCAGCACCAGCAGCAACACGUCGGAGCAGCUCAAAUUGUUACCAACCAGCAACAACAGCAGCAGCAACAACAACAGCAGCAGCAGCAACAGCAACAGCAGCAGCUUCAGCAGCAACAGCAAACCGUCCAGAUGCAAACAAAUGUGGUCCAACAAUCCAAUCUGAUUGGUACAACGACCCUGCAACAACAGCAGGUAAAACCGGACGCACAGCAACAAACCCAAUUAGUGCAGCAAAAGGUUUCAGCCGGUCAGUUCACACAGACCGUUACCAUGGCAACAACGGCAGAUUCAAUGCUGCGUCCUCGCCUGACACGUCCACGCAGCACGAAAACCACCAACCCACGUCCUCCACCACGCUCCAAUGUGGCCACCAUCGGUACGAUACAGAUGCGAGGGCCUCGGCCACCGCUUACGGCACACAUCAUUACCACCCCGAUACGCGGUCCGGUAGCCACAUCCACGGCAACUUCCUCGGCCGGGGGUGUAAACGCACAGUCGACACAGCAAACGGUAUAUCACGGCAUUAUGAGCGGACGUAAUUUGGUUCUUACGAAUCCGCGCGCCAAAAUCCUCACGAUCAAUCGUACUGGGCAGGGUGGCGGUAUAGCCACUAUUCAGGGACAACCACCACGAUUAGCAAUAAUGCAUCGGAACAAUGUUGUGCAAGCGGGUGGCCAACCCGCUGUCAAUGCUGCUGCUCAACCAUCCCAACCAGACCAGGGACAGACAGGACAGACGCAGAUGAUACAGGUCAGCUUGGCACAGGUUGUGCAGCAGACGAACGUGUCCGCACAGAACGCAUCGUCAGUGGCAACGGUGGUAACAUCAGCAACAAGCACCACUGCGACAGCAACGGCGGUGGUACAUCCGUUUGUGGUGGGAAAACCUUCGACCCAAGGCAAAUCCGAACCAGAGGCAGCGAGUAGUAGCGGCAACUCAUCUUCGAACGAGCUGCUGGACUUGGAUGAGAGUAUUAAGAGCGUGUUGAUACAACGGCGCACGGUGGCGGACGCGAUCGGCAGCAGUGCGGUCAAUACGAUGCCAGUAACGUCAGGACCUAUUUACGCUGUUCAUGCGCAGGGUCCAGAGCAGCAGCAGAGAAACAUCGCAAACCAGCCGCUUACCGACGAAUCGAACAGUUUAAUACAGAUCGGCAACGGGCUCACGAUGACGACGGCCGAGUUCCGGACGUUUCAGGAAAAGCAGCAGCAACGUCAGCAGGAAGCAUUCCGGGGCGGAUUCAACCAGACGGUGCGUGCUCGCGCUCCGCAGCGCAGUAUGAUGAUACGGCAUCGGGCUUCUUCCGGCCGGCCAAUGGUUACGAUACAAUCGCCACAGAACCAACCGAUUGCCGCAAUUCCACCGAUAACGCUUCCACAAGGGCCGGGAAUACCGAUUUCCACCUCGCAAGUGUUGCAGCAGCAACGAUUUAUGCAGCCCGUCACCCAGAUUCAGUUGCAGCAAAUUACGCCAACCACUACGCUCAAGCAGGUGCAAACGAUUGGCCCGCAGUCGGGCGAUACGGAGUUCCGCGAAAGUGCCCGGAUGUUGGUUAUUCUUCAGAGCGGCGAACAGCGGUUGAUAACGUUCACGCUGCCGAAGGAAAGCUGCACCGUGCAGGAUCUGCUUGAGCAGGUGCAGGUGCAGUACUCGCCGGACAGUAACAUCCAGUGCAUUUCCAACCCGGGCGGUGAUGUGGAUUACAUUGUGACGGUCGGGAUUGGUGAGUCGGAAACGGCGGAAGUGAUCAGGCAGGCGGAAAUUACGCUGAGGAGUCAAUCGAUUCAGCUGCACCACCAUACGAUGCAAUCUCAGCCUUUGAUGCAGCAGCAGCAGCAGCAACAGCAGCCACAGCAGCAGCAGCAAACGGCGAUGAUGCAACAGACGACGUGCGUGAUUCCACAGCAGCAACAGCAGCAACAACAGCAGCAAACGAUGAUGAUCACCGUACACCCGAACACGCAACAAGCACCGCAACAGCAGCAGCAGCAGCAGCAGCAAGUGCUUACGCGCUUUUCCGACUCGUACCGGCAAACGAUUGCUCUCAGUACCGGCGGUACACCGGUAUCGAUCGCGACCUCAUCCCACAUGCAAUCGCUUCUACAAACCUCUGCCGCGCAGGAUGCCAACCCGGAGGUGAAACAAAAGAUUGUUAAAGGUUUCCUAGCGGUAUGUGCGUCCUGCGGUUACACCGGGCUGGAUCACGCCAAAUGUCAGCGUUGCAAGCGUGUGUUCACCGAGGCACCACGUCGCAUUCCGGAGCCGGAAAAACCAUCCGGAGCAUUAACACCGCUCUCCUCGGGUGGUAAUCAUCCACCGCCGCUCAUACCGAACGCAACAUCAACGCCGAUGAGCGGUGCCGUCCGGAAGUACGACAUAUAUGCGAAGAAGCAAGCCAUGAACGCGGUUCUGUUGCGCUCUGGUCGCGGUGGAUCGGUACGUUCGGGUCGGGGUAGAGGGCGUGGAGCCGUCGCGCCCAAGUACCAGGACAUUGAACCGCCCGUAUUCACGCUGAGCAGCGACGAUGAGGAGGAGGGUUCGAUGAACGAUCGUUCGAAAACGAUCUACAAAUCGGCGAUCGGUAACACUUCCAAGGCCAACGUUUCCCAGCUGCCAGUCAAAAAGGAUCCGCUUCCGUGUGAACCUGUAAAUAGUGAGAUUGAUACAAGUGUCGUUGCGAACGAUAAACUUCGCUUGGACAUCACGGACGUCAAGAAUCUGCCGGACGGGCAAAUCACACAACUCGACUGCAAUACCAUACGGCUCGGGACGCUGAAAUAUGAGGCGAAUGAGAAGGUUACGAUUUCGUCGAAAGGCGUCCGCAUUGUCGCACCGAACGUGAGGCGUCCGGCCGAGUUUGUAAGUUUGGAUCUUCAGAUGCACGAAAUGAAAAAGGUGCUGACACACUUCUCGAAAGCGCUGAACGUCAUCUUUCUGUACACGAACAAUUCUGGCGGUGCGUAUGUGCGGAAGCAUCUCGAAAUGGAUCCCAGCUCGGACAAACUUCCCUGCUUUAGACCGGAGCUGGUAUCGAACGAUCCAACCAAGCGAAUUACGCUGCUGAUGGAUAACAUUAGCGAGGAAGCCAAGUCAAUCAUCAAAAACAUUUUCCAUCCGAAUUUGCUGGAAGAGAUCAGUAUUCGUGACGCGAAAGAGUUGCUUCUUCGCUGUUCGCCAAGCCGCUCGCUUAACACGUCCAAUUCCAACGCGUCGGCCGAAGCGAACGGGUCCGGCUCGAACGAUAUGCUCGAUGCGAUGGAAAUCCGCAAACUGCUCAUCUAUCCGCCGGGCAAGGGUGGCAUUUCGAUCAACACCGAGGACUACAUGUGUCUGGCGAAGGACCAGUACUUGAACGAUAUUAUUAUCGAUUUCUAUCUCAACUAUCUGAAGCUGGAAGUGUUGGAGGAGGAAGAACGCAAGAACGUGCACAUCUUUAGCACCUUUUUCUACAACCGGCUCACCACGCUGACGACACGCCAGCGGGCCCCGCCGGGCGAAUCGAAGGAUGUGAGGCUGUCUGCGGCCCAGAAGCGGCACGCGCGCGUUGCCAACUGGACGAAGAAAGAUAACAUAUUCGAGAAGAAGUACAUCGUCAUUCCAAUCAACGAGCAGUCGCACUGGUUCCUGGCGAUCAUUUGCUUCCCCAGUCUGGAGUGCCCUAUUGCGGUUGCCGGCGGGGGAAGCGCUCCGUCGACGAACGUUUCCGGUGCUACCAAAUCGAGUUCGAGAGGUGGUGCUGGUGGCGGCGGCGGCGGCGGCGGCGGUAGUACGGGCUCAUCCCGUUCGAAGCGUGGUGUUGUGCUCGAAGGUACGGCACUAACGAUCGGCAGCACGACAAUAACGCCCGUCAAUCCGGGAAGGCGCGUCCCGCUCGAAAUAGAACCGAUCCACCUCGGCGAUGAAGACAUCUGCGAGCGGGACGAGGCGGACGGUGACGAAAGCGAGCUGGCGAGCAACGGGGAUGAAAGCGAUGACGAAUCGGUGGAAGAUGUGCGGCAACCGAUCAAGCAACCUUGUAUAUUAAUAUUCGAUUCACUGCCGGGUGCAUCCAGAAGCCGCGUGGUGGCCACACUGCGCGACUAUCUGACCUGCGAGUAUCGAGCGAAAAUGCCCGAUAAGGUACCGAAGCAGUUCAACAAGCUCAACAUGCCCGGUCAUUGCGUAAAGGUGCCGCAGCAAGACAACUACACCGACUGCGGGCUGUAUCUGUUGCAGUACGUCGAGCACUUUUUCCUUAAACCCAUUGUCGACUAUCAUCUACCGAUCAAGCAUCUGCAGAAGUGGUUCGAAACGAUCGUUGUGACGAAAAAGCGGGAAGAUAUUUGCAACUUGAUCAAGGAUCUGAUCGAGAAACACGACGCCAGCGUGCUGCCAUUGCCACCGAUUGAGCUACCGACGCUGAAUGGUAAAUUAAUAUGCGACCCGUCAGAAAGCGCAAACGAACCCGAGUUUGAGGAAGACGAAAUGGAGGAUGAGUUUGUGAGCGCAUUCGACAUGACGCCGGACGAAGACGAUUUGCGGCUCUCCUUGGCGGGUACGGGCAGUGCAGCCGCAAACGAAUCCAAGUCCGAAACUAACAGUUCUAGCACCACAACCACCACCACCACCACCACCGUGAAGCCGGUCGGUUCGAAGAAAACCAUUCACUUUAAGCGCAUCGGUGGCCAGUCACUCAUCAACCGUUCGUCCAGCAACAACAGCCUGCUCGACGGAAGUACGAACAUGGACGCAACGAACGCGAGCUCGGCUGGCAGUGGCAGCAACAACGGCACGCAAAAUACAAAACGUCCUUUGGGUGGAAAUGGUGGAAAUAAGCAGCAGCAGCAGCAGCAGCAGCAACAGCAACAAGACUGUGUACGGUCGAAGAUACCACGGCUGAACAGUGAUAGCGCGGCCAAGGUGGCAACGUCACAGCUAUAACACACUGUACGUUCUCUCCCCCUCACCGUGCUCGGCGUGAUACGACGUGGACUAGGUGAAUAAAUUCCACCCCCGGGUUGCACCAUACAUGCUCGCUGUAGCUGGAGUUUAAUCGUAGAAGAAUCCCGCAACGUUUACGAAGAAACUCGAAGGAGAAUGAGAAAGAAAAGAAGAAACAAAAUCGCACGACGACACACACACACACACACUAGUUCUAACUAAAGAUAUCUUAAAAUCGAGCGUAAGACAAGUUAUGACCCAUUUUUUGUUUUGUUUCUAAGUUUCUUUUUUUAUAAAAAAUUGUUAGUGAAAACACAUGGCACACGAAAAAAAGAAGAAUCGAAUCGUCAACAAAUUACGUCAGCCGCGAGUGUGUGCGUGCGUGCGUGCGUGCGUGCGUGUGCGUACGCGUUACAUUGACCUUGUCAUGUAUGGAACUGUUUUGGAUUUUGUUGUGAUCACUGCGUUUCGUGUGCGGUCCGGUCCGUAGCGGAGCGGAGCAGGUACGCGGAGCGAAGGAUAGCUUAGUUGAGUGAAUUGCUGGCAGAUGUCAGGUUAAACCUCGAUUACAGUUUGAGGUUAUGGUAGGUAGGUUUGUGUUGUAAUGAACACUCGAUCCAUUAGAGCUUAAUACAUGGAAUAACCUUAGAUUUGAACUCGAUCACGGUUUUUUUUUAAACUAAGUUAGCACAUUUAUUGUAAUAAUGAGCAGAAGAAAAAACACAACUAAUAUUACUUACUCUAUGCAGCAUGGUAUGAAGUAUACUGUAAAAACUAAGAGCUGUAAUAAAAUGAAAUUAGCAUUGGUAAUAAAAAAAAUCUUAUCUCACUUCGUAAA